UGUCGUCACACACAAUCGACCACCUUGGUUGGCGCUUACUUAUGACGACAUUGACGUCACGACUCGGGGGAUCAUGGCAAAAUUUGUAAUCGGCUAAAACACGCAAAGGAGAAACAACGUGAAUAAGAUCGACAGUGAAUGAGUGAAUGGAGCCAAACAUUUUGACCUAUCAGCACCCAGCAGCUCGCCCUUCAUUGGAUGAUGAAAUCAGGGUGGCGCAAUCAGACGAGGAAGAGUUUCGGGGAUUCUCUUGUGGCCUCCCCACUUCCGCUGAUCCACUGUUCCACCUCAAGCGUAACUUACUUCGCCAAGGAGAACCGCCCGGUGGACCGGCUUUGCCCCUUACUAACGGCUUCUGCGAGUCCCCUGUGGGGGAGGUGGGAUUCGCCGAUUUUGCUGUGUUCGCAGAGCAGGCGACCCACCCAUGGUGUUGCAGCUUCACGGGUACCACGACACCCUUGCAUGAGCUGAAGGAAGCACGAGAUGUCAUCAUGGACUCCGAACCAAGAUCGUUUAACCAUCGCCUCGAUCUCAGGACUCAGGACAAUAACCGAAUGUCCCUUGCCCCCGAGGAUCAGGACUGCCUCUCAUCGGAGAGGCCGUCCGAUGACUCUGAACCCUACAUGUCCUCACUCGCCUCCCACGGGGACCACACCGAUGAUGAUGAUGAUCACAUGGUAGAAGAUGGAUGUGCCACAUCUCAGGGAACGUGUCCUACCUCUAAGCAGUCCUCGCAAUUUUGUGCCGACAACUCCGGGGAUCCGCCAGGUCUCCCCCUGAGCGAAAGCUUUGCAGACUUCUGCUCGGCCACUACCCAGCAAGAUGGCGCUGAAAAGUGGCCCGACUUUCAAGACCAAAAUGACCACAUGCAACAAGUAGGCAGCGUUCAGCUCCUCCAGGCGUCGUUUCCUGAGAUUGAGGUCCCAGUUGUGAGCAAGGAAGAAGAGGAGGAGGAAGAUGUGCCCAGCUUGGAGGCACUGCUGCCUCAACGUCGCCCUGACUAUGCGGAAGACACAGUUGAGGGGGCCUGGCCAGGGUUCUGGCUCCCUCACCAGGACGCGCACUGCGCUGCAAGCCUCAAAUUCCGAUGGGGCACUUCCCACACCAACAGGACUCUGCUCGGGUGUCUCGGCGUGGUCUCCGGGAACAUGGAGCCCAGGAAGGACUCUUACCCAGGACACACAGGAACCACAUACAAGGCCCAAACACACACACACAGGCCUUUCAAUCAACUCAGUGCAACAGAGCAGCCUAGGCCUUAGCAGUUCUCAGUUGGUGCUCCUCCUCUUCUCAUUUUUCACAAGGUGUUCUCUUCCCUCAAGCAGAGGUUGGGAAAGUUGUCAUGGAAGCACUGUGAACAGUGAAAAACGACAAGGCUUUAUACGUUGUUUUUUUAAUACAUUACAAUCUUUUCUGGGACCUGUGAAUGAUCCGGGGAAUUAUUUUCAUGAUCAAAAGAAACCACAUGGCUGUGACAGAACUUGACAAUGCAAACUAAAAAAAUGGUGCACUCCAAUGAUCUCAGUGUUCUUUAUGAACUUUAACAGGUUUGCGCUGUUUCUAUUUAUGUCCUAUUUAUUUAUCAGUCCCUGUCCACUUAACUGGACAAGCAUGUUAAACGCCAUAGCUUCUUAGUUUUUUGUCAUCAAAAUGUUCCUGCAUUGUAUCAUUGUAAAUAUUUUUUUCCAUUCAUCCAUUCAACCUUGAUGAUUUGUGCCUUUUAUAUGCCACCAAUUGCACCCCCCCUGCAAAAAAAAAAAAAAAACACCCAGAUUAUUUAUUUUUAUUUAUUCUUUUUUGGGACCUGUUUGUCCUUGACAAAUCUUGAUAUUUUUUUUCAGGUUUACUGCUUGAAUCCAAAUGGCAUGCACUGCAAUAAAAGCUGCGUAUUGCAAAAAUGUCAAUACAGAAAUAAA